ACCGUUUUCUGUUACAAUGCAAGCUCUUUCUGUUUCUAUCUUCUUCUUUUAAUGGUGUCACCAAGGUGAAGUUAUCACCAUUAACAUGGUAUCAGAGCUCAAAAAGCUCUGGUAGCCAUUGUUGCACACGCAUUCUUGAUUGUGAAUCUCUCUGCCUUCUUUGCUCACCUUGAGUUUUCUUCACUUUUCGAUUCACAAUCAUCUUCUUCGUUUGCUUCUUUCUCCUUCUCUUUCUUCUGAUGGCAUACCAGAGCUAUAGCGAUUUCUCCACAAAUUCCACGAAUCCUUUUUACCUUCAUCCGAAUAAGAAUCCGUCUCUUGUUCUUGUGUCACCUUUGCUAGAUGACAAGAAUUACCAUACCUGGGCAAGGUCAAUGCACAUCGCAUUGAUUUCCAAGAACAAGGAGCGAUUCAUCGAUGGCACCAUCAUGAAACCUCCCGUUUUUUAUCCUCUUUAUGCUCCGUGGUUUUGCUGCAAUACGAUGGUACUAGCAUGGAUUCAUCGUUUGAUUUUUGAGUCAAUUGCUAAAUUCGUUCUUUGGAUUGAUACUGCAGCUGGCGUGUGGAAGAACCCGCAAAUUCGCUUCUCUCAUGGUGACAUUUUCAGAAUUUCUGACAUUCAAGAAGAUUUGUACAAAUUCCGCCAAGGUACUCUUGAUGUCUCCAAUUAUUUUACACAGAUGAAAGUUAUGUGGGAUGAGCUUGAAACCUAUCGUCCCAUUACUUCUUGUUGUUGUGCUAUUCCUUGUUCAUGUGGUGCUCUUGCAUCAAUUUGUAAAUAUCGUGAACAGGAUUAUAUGAUUAGGUUUCUUAAGGGCUUGAAUGAGAAGUUUGCUCAUUCCAAAUCCCAAAUCAUGAUGAUGAAUCCUUUACCAGAUAUUGACAAAGCUUUUUCACUGGUUAUUCAACAAGAACGUGAGUUGAAUCACUCUAAUUCUAUUGUUGCACCUACUACCAACAGUUCUGAAGAGUCUGCAGCUUUUCACACCAAUUCCUCUAAUGACAAUGGUAAUGGUAAUAGCAAGACUGGUAACAACUAUGGUAAGGGCAGAACACAGAGUUAUGGUGGAGCUAAGGGUCAUAGUCGUGUUUGUACACACUGUGGUAGAACCAAUCACACAGUUGAGACUUGUUUCCAAAAGCAUGGAUAUCCACCUGGCUUCAAGAGCAAAGGCAAAUCCACCAACUCAGUUACUCAGAGUGAUGUAUCUACUGAUGCAGCCUUGGAAUCUUCUCAGCAGAACUCAUGCAAGUCUUCAUUUGGUUUUACUCAAGAGCAAUAUCAAAAUAUUUUGGCAUUACUUCAACAAUCCAAACACACCUCUCAAGCCAACUCAAUUACCACAUCACCUUUUGUUCUGAACUCUCACUCUCAUAAUGAACAAGAAUCAUUCGAGGGCAAUGAUUGGUAUAGCUAAACUUCAAAGAGGGCUUUAUGUUCUUGAAUCUUCUACUCAUCAUCGUGUUUUCAAUUCUUUUGCUCAAAAUCCUGGUAAUCUAUGGCACUUAAGAUUAGGCCAUGUUUCUGAUAUAGGUUUACAACAUAUUUCUAAAGUUUUCCCUUUUGUACCUUCACAUUGUAAUAAUGACAUACCUUGUGACUCUUGCCACUUUGGCAAACAAAAGAGGCUUCC